CCUCUUCUUUAGCCUGAACUGUGGGUAGUGAUGUGGUGUGUUUCCUAACACCUCCGGCAGUGAGCCAGGCUUUGAGUGGCUGCGUCUAAACACUUCUUUUCCUGAGGACUGGAAGACAUUAGAAUCAGCUCCAGACAAUUCAAACAUUGAGAUUCCUGGGAACUACCAGAUAGUAGCAUCAGUCCACCAAUAAAUGAAGCUGGUGAGGCAGUGAAAAUCCAGGGCCUAGAAAGCUGGGAAUGCCAUGACGUGGGCACAUUGAAAGACAAGAGGCAGGCAUGAUCAGCCUUGAACUUUAGGAAGAUCCCAGGCAGCUGAUGGAAGACAAGAUGGGGAGUGAAUGUGAAGGUCCAGAAAUGUCCUUGGUGUGUUUGACAGACUUUCAGGCCCAUGCGCGAGAGCAGCUGUCUAAGUCAACUCGGGAUUUUAUUGAAGGUGGAGCAGAUGACAGCAUCACGCGGGAUGACAACAUUGCAGCAUUUAAAAGAAUUCGCCUCCGUCCCCGGUACCUGAGAGAUGUGUCUGAGGUGGACACCAGAACCACAAUCCAAGGGGAGGAGAUCAGUGCCCCUAUUUGUAUCGCACCCACAGGGUUCCACUGCCUUGUCUGGCCUGAUGGGGAAAUGAGCACAGCAAGAGCUGCCCAAGCGGCUGGUAUCUGCUACAUCACCAGCACAUUUGCCAGCUGUAGCCUUGAAGACAUUGUCAUUGCAGCUCCCGAAGGCCUCCGAUGGUUCCAACUCUAUGUGCAUCCAGUCCUGCAGCUGAACAAACAGUUGAUCCAGAGGGUAGAAUCCCUAGGUUUCAAAGCUUUGGUAAUAACUUUGGAUACACCUGUAUGUGGCAACAGGCGACAUGACAUUCGAAACCAGUUGAGGAGGAACUUAACACUAACAGAUCUUCAAUCACCUAAAAAGGGAAAUGCAAUACCUUAUUUCCAGAUGACUCCUAUCAGCACUUCUCUCUGCUGGAAUGAUCUCUCCUGGUUUCAGAGCAUAACUCGAUUGCCCAUCAUCCUGAAAGGGAUUUUGACAAAAGAGGAUGCAGAGUUAGCUGUGAAGCACAAUGUCCAGGGUAUCAUUGUUUCCAACCAUGGUGGGAGGCAGCUUGAUGAGGUUCUCGCUUCAAUUGAUGCUUUGACAGAAGUGGUGGCUGCUGUAAAGGGGAAAAUUGAAGUCUACCUGGAUGGCGGGGUCCGAACUGGCAAUGAUGUGCUGAAGGCUCUGGCCCUUGGAGCUAAGUGCAUUUUUCUUGGGAGACCAAUCCUAUGGGGCCUUGCCUGUAAGGGUGAACAUGGUGUUAAGGAAGUUUUGAACAUUUUAACAAAUGAGUUCCACACUUCCAUGGCCCUUACAGGCUGCCGGUCGGUCGCUGAGAUCAAUCGAAACUUGGUCCAGUUUUCCAGGCUGUAAGAAAAAAGGGCCAAUAACCAGACUGCUGAGGUUGCCCACAGGAGGAUCACAAACUCACAGCACAGUGUGUGAUGCUGUCCUUCCUGGACCCCAUUCUGUCCGGAGGCUCAUGGCCCAUAUUUCCCACAUUUCUAAUACCUCCACCCCUGUGCUUCAGGCCCUCCAAACCCCUGUGUUCCCCAAAUGUUCCAUGCCCUUCUUUGUAUCACUGACUAUUAUAUGUUGCUCUCUUGCCUAAAUCUUCCUCUAAAGUAAAAGAUCUCAAAAGGACAGAUCA